GCAGUGGUAGUUCUUCAAUCGAUACUCAUAUUAGAGUGAAGAGCAGUUUGGAGAAGAUUGAAGAAAGUCUUGCCAGAGCUAGAGGUGCAAUUCGUAAAGCUAUCAUCUCUCGUAACUAUACCUCCAACAAAGAGGAACUCUUCAUCCCCAGAGGAUCCAUUUACAGAAACCCAUAUGGAUUUCAUCAGAGCCAUAUUGAGAUGGAGAAGAGGUUCAAGGUGUGGACUUACAGGGAAGGAGAGCCACCCCUUGUUCAUAAUGGGCCAGUAAACGACAUCUACGCCACAGAAGGACAGUUCAUAGAUGAGAUGGAAAGUGGGCUAAGCCCAUUUAAGGCCCAACAUCCAGAUGAGGCCCAUGCCUUCUUCCUCCCCUUCAGUAUUGCUUCUGUCAUUCAUUUCCUCUACAGACCUAUCGUUUCCUACUCAAGGGAACCAUUGCAGCGUUUUGUCAUCGACUACGUUGGCGUUGUAUCGAAUAGAUACCCUUAUUGGAACAGAAGCAGUGGGGCUGAUCAUUUCAUGGUCUCUUGCCAUGAUUGGGCACCAGACAUAAACGAAGCCAAUCCCGAGCUUUUUCGGUAUUUCAUUAGAGUUCUUUGCAAUGCAAACACAUCCGAAGGUUUCAGACCCCGAAUAGAUGCAUCUCUACCAGAAGUUAAUCUUCCGAAAGGAACCCUCGGUAUCCUAGGCAAGGUUCAAUCACCCAGAACGCGUUCGAUCCUUGCCUUCUUUGCAGGAGGAUCUCAUGGUUACAUAAGAAAGAUACUACUAGAGCAUUGGAAAGACAAGGAUGAAGAGAUCCAAGUCCAUGAGUACCUCCCUAAGGGUCAAGAUUAUAAAAAAUUAAUGGGUCAAAGUAAGUUUUGUUUGUGCCCUAGUGGGUAUGAAGUUGCAAGUCCUAGAAUUGUUGAAGCCAUCUACACAGGUUGUGUCCCUGUAUUAAUAUCUGAUCACUAUGCUCUACCAUUCAGUGAAAUACUUGAUUGGAGCCAGUUUACUGUACAGAUUCCAGUUGAGAAGAUAUCAAAGAUUAAGGAAAUCUUACAAGGGAUCUCUCAAGAUAAGUAUUUGAGACUCUAUAUGAAGGUGAGGCAAGUACAAAGACAUUUUGAACUCCAUCGACCUUCUAAACCUUAUGAUCUCAUACACAUGGUUCUCCAUUCUAUUUGGCUAAGAAGACUUGACUUUAAACUCCCAUUCUGACCACUUUGUAC